AUGGGUGUCUAUUUGCUCAUCAUUGCCUUCAAAGAUGUACAAUGGCAAGGUGAAUACUUUAAACAUGAUGUUAAUUGGAGAUCGGGGCUGACAUGCGCAUUUACGGGGGUCCUUUCGAUGGCAUCAAGUGAGAUAUCUGUGUUGAUGCUGACUCUUAUCACAACAGAUAGACUUAUUUGUAUUGUUUUCCCGUUUAAAAUGCGACGGAUAAAUCGCAAGCGUUCUUUCAUUAUUGUGGGAGGUAUAUGGAUUUUUGGAACAAUGAUAUCAAUCAUUCCAACCUUAGGAUUUGAUUACUUCUUUGACAAAAAGCGCGAAGUUGGAUUUUAUGGAAAAUCAGCUGUUUGCCUUCCUCUUCAACUGUCAACAGAGAGACAUGCUGGCUGGGAGUAUGCGGUUGGCAUUUUCAUCAUUCUAAACUUUGUCUCCUUUAUGUAUAUUCUCACUGCGUAUACAGCAAUGUACCUAAGGGUCAAGGGGUCUGCAAAACAGGUCAGGUCAACAAACACGAAGAGAGAAUCGAAAAUGGCUAAGAGAAUGAUGCUUAUUGUCUUAACUGAUUUCUUGUGUUGGAUGCCUAUUAUCGUCAUUGGCCUUUUAUCCUUGCUCGGAAAGUUUCAUGAUCCUGAGAAACAAGCCUAUGUGUGGAUUGCGGUGUUUGUUCUCCCAGUGAACUCUGCUCUCAAUCCAAUAUUAUACACAUUUUCUACUCCACGCGUUAAAAGAAAAGUGGGUGAACACAUUGAUUCACUUAUCUCUUUCUUGAAACGAACAAUGCGGCGGCCGAAGACAACCCAAGGUAUGUUAUUAGGAAGCUUAUUUAAUAAGCAAAGGUGUUUUUUUAGCGACGCACGUCAACCGGAAGUGGACUUUUUUGUAUACUUGGGCAGUACAGUGGUUUUGCUCAAAUCCUCGGGCGAAUCGUCUCUAUAAGACAACAGACAUCGAGCAAUACAAAUAGGUUAGAUGUUAGCGUGAAGAGGAAAAGGCCUGACUUCCGUUUGCGUGCAUCCUACAAAUACGCCAUUCCUUAAUAAGCUCUGUAUUACCGUUUUUUUGUCGAAAUCUCCCUUAUAAACCCCGUCACUGAGUUUUCAGCGGGAAACUUGUUACAGAGAUAAAGGUACGUUAUGUUAAUGCGUACUAUAUAGCCAUGGCUGAAAAAGUAAGUCAUUGAGCGAAGAUGGGGCAAGUUUUCAGUUCCCCAUAAUAAACUGACGGUAUAUGUCACAUCCCUUAAAACAUGCACUGUAAGCCAGAAGGAAAUGUCAUGAAACCAUUUAAUAACCAAGCUGACGUCCAAACGGGAUAUUCUGGUUUCUUUCUCCUUUUGUUUUCUACUUAGCCGCCAUUGUAGGUCUGAAUAAAGUAAAAACUACUCUACCGUUUGUUUACCUGUUUGUUACGUAAUAAAGUGAUCUUUUUUCGGCUCUGUGGUCGGUGUCUUUUCAGUUCUAAAGGCUGCAUGCAUAAGGACCUAUUAAAAAUAGUAUAGUCCUACAAAAUAAACCACCAAAAAACCCGAUACCUCCUCUUUAAACAAAUUGUACGUACGGUACAUUAGCAAAAGAAUUUUGGUCAACAUUUUUUUUCUUGUACGUUAACAGCAAAAUGGAAGGGAGUCCUGUUGAAGCCGUUGCUGACCACGAAUCCAAACAAAUCCAACCGUAAACCAGACGAGAUUCUAGAACGUGAGAGACCCGAGUCAGCGCUGAAACUUGUUGAAAUACCAGGCAUAUUUGCAGAUGAAACCUCUCUGUCAGUGGUGGGUCUUGUGACACAAUUUUUGUAGUAGUAACGUUUUAUGAUACGCUGAGAGAAAGAGCAAUGAAAAUUUUAGCUGAUCGUCAAAGGAAAAACGGACGCAAACGAGAGGAUAUCAUAUGUAUGAGUGCUAAUGGGAAGGGAUGACCCUUGGUAAAGAUUGCUAAAGCGUUUCAACCGCAUAUGUAUCAGCACUUCUGAACCAUAUAUAUAUAUUGAUAUUAUUCAGUAGUAUCAUAGGGGUAUUUUAUUCCCCUUUCUUGCGCAGAAAUCUUGUGCAUUUGUGAAGGAAUACUUAAAUGUCGAUGACAUCAAGUUCUGUGGUUUGGUAUGAAUCGUUGUUCUUGAAAAGACGACGUCACAGAUUUUGCCGAUUGGUUGAGAGAAAGUAGAAUAUGCUUUUUGUUGAUAUAUUUUGCAAAUCAAUUUUGCUGGUUACCUAAAGCUGAACAAUAAUUUGUAUCCUUUUUUUGUUUUUUUUUUUUUUUUUUACUUUUGGCAGGCAGAUAGUGCAUAUCUGUCAGUGUGAUAAAGGCGAAUUGGUUUUAGUGACGCUACAAUUUUAUGUUUCCUCCAACACUAUCACCAUCAUCAUCACAAAAAUGGAACAUGACAUCAUCCGAUUUAAGAAGUUUCUUGGCAUCUUCAUAACGUCUUCAAUGUUAAUGUGGUACUGCACAAAAAUGGGGCUAAACAUCCCUACUACAUUUCUAUUGUCUGUCUAUAAGUGCUUCCCAACUUAAUGACAUUACUAAUAUCAGACGCUCUUAUUGCCUUUAAUGGUGUUUGCUUGGAGAUUAGAUAAGAAAUAAAGAGGCGAUUAGUUCUACACGAAACAUGAUUUCUUCGCUAAAAGUUUUUUACGUCCUACUUUAUCGACGGUCGAGUAUUCUUCAGGAUAUUUACUUUUUAUAUCGUAUUCGUCGAUUUGUUUCUGGAUUGAUUAAGUACACGUGUAUGAAUACACGAAAAUUGAAGGACCUCGAUUUGAGCGAAAUUACAUGAUUGCCAAAGAGCAAAAAAGUGAUGAACAUGGCGCGUCAUUUCAAUCAUUGCCGAAAAUAAACCGCAUGCUCAUUACGAGACUUAUUUUCAUUUAAUAAAAAUCUACAACAGCUGACCCGUUAGCCUCACCAUCGAAGUUUUGCUCAUAAAGAUUUUUCGUUUUUUCAACCACUGAAGUAUUCACUUAUUCCAAAGUAAUCAACUCUUUCAAGCGAUAGAUUCGUGGACCGACCUGUUCGGAAAAAGCUCGACAUCUUUCGCAUUAAAGUUUCCUAAGCUUUCUUCACAAAACAUGUAUCGGCGCUCUGAAUAUGUCGUCGGUUACGUCACGAUUCUUAUCCCCAGUUUCCACGGUCUGCGCUAGGAACGCCCGGGACCAUGACCCCUUCUGGUGAGCACACACGAAAGAAAAAAGGAAGAAGAAGACAGAAACACUUGCAUUUUUUGAGUCUCUCUCGCUUUUAAGCAAGCUCGACUAAUUAUCUUUUUUUUUUUUUCAAUGUGAUUAUCAUCAGGGCUGAGUUGAGUUAAAUGUUUAGAAAUUCUCACUUUCUGUCAUGUUUGCUACUUUUUGUAACAAAUAUACUUUGACUGACGCAUAAAAAACCUACGUUUUAUUGGAGCCUGCGUAGCAGGCGGUUUUUUGGUGUUUUUUUUCCGUUCGUAUUUCGUAAACUAAGAGGUCAAACGAGCCGCACGAAAGCUGAACCGAGGUCAUACGAGAAAAUGAUGGAGGAGGGUGCGAGAGAAAGACUGAGGAGAGUGUCUGUUUUCUUUCCCUUGCCUCCUCCCCCAUCCUUUUCUAGUUUGACCUCGGUUCAGCUUUCGCACGGCUGUAUCCCUUACUUUACGAAACACAAACGAACACUCCCCCUAGAAACGAAACAAAACAAAACAGCCGCCACCUACGCAGGCUAGUUUUAUUGAAGUCCUUAUCUUGGAUCAAAACUAGUAGAGUCUGAAACAUGUUAUUUUUUGGAAAGUAUGACACAGUUUAUAAAAUAUUAUUGUUAUCUGUGGCAACGGUGAAUGCCUCACCGUUGCCAUUUAUAUUUAUAAGGUCCUUUACAGUAGGAACGAGAAGCGACGUUGUCCUACACAAUUCAUGAAAAUCUAAUCUUGGUUUUUUCAUUUGGUUUUUAAGGGAUUUGUUGUGGCGUGUUCCGGAAGUGAAGAGAACUCAUGUGUUCGACUGAUAAAGCACUUCUCAAAGAUAAAAGAAGAGGACUGGAAAAAGGAAGUGGAAUUGGCGAAGGAGCUUAGACAGGGACUGGAGCAUCCCAGUAUAAUCAAAUACUGCUGGCACUCUGAAAGUAUGCGCCCCUGGCAGAUAACAAAUACUUUGCCUUAUUCCAAUAUGUUGAAUAAAUGGCGACGCAAGAAAAUGUAGUAUCGAAAGCAUUUAGUUAGCAUACAGCUUGAAUUUCGAGCUUAAUGCCUGCCUUAGCAAUUUUCCAAAAUAUUCGACCUUUGGUUCGGCGUAUCAAAUUAUGGGGUGCUCAGUCCUACACCUUCUUGGACCAACAUGUUAAGGCUGCUCUGAUUUUAAUUGUACUUAUUACUUGUAGCUGUAAUCUCAUCGACUGAUCGUCAGUAAGAAUAGUAUUUGCCAUUUGAGAGUUUCUUUUACUUUUUGCAGCGGAAAAAAGUGUUGUGAACUACAAGAAAGCAGGGGAAUUCCCAAGAUUCAAGAAAAGUUCAUUGUAAUUAAAAUCUUUCUUUUCUUUUAGCCUGACAGGUGUUAAUAACAAGUUAAUCCGACGAAGGACUUUUUUGAAAGUCUAUUAUAAAUGAUGUUUUUUAAUCUUCCAAAAAUAUAUUAGAUUAAGAGGUUUUUAUACCCCCUUGUUCUUUCUUUUCAUCUUUUUUCUCUUUUUUCCCAUUAAUAGUUUAUUGUGUUUCGACUUUUCUGCAAACACAACUUUGGAGGAGUAUUUGAUAAGUGACGGGAUUGUUUUAAAUCUGGACUCCCUUAUCGCUGUGGCUAUGGACUUGAUCUCCGCCAUACAACACUUGGAACAGAAAUGCGUCGUCCAUAACAACAUAACAACGUCCAGUGUAUUGAUAGGCAAAGGAUUUAGGGUGAGUUAAGAAGCAUUAGGAUGCCUUAUAAAGCCAGAAACUCCUGAAGUUUGAAGUAAUUGUUUAUUUACCGUAUAGAUUUUCGCAUCUUUCUUUUGAUUUUAUAACAUUUCUAACAUGACAGACAAUACAUUCUGAAAGAAUGACGCAUAACGGCUGUGAUGGUGUAGGUCAGUGACUCAUUUGACUAAACUUCCUCAGGACCAGGGAACAGAGAAAUCCUUAUCAAAAUUGUGUUGAAGGAAACCUCAACUACUUGAUAUCUUUCAAUUUUGCUUAGAGCGCUAUUAUUAAUCCCCUUGUUUUCCUCCAGGUGCCUCCAAUAACUGCUGUCUUGGGAAGUUUUGGCUUCGCUCAGCGUGUCUCUCAGGAUUUUCCUGAAUGUAUUUCAGAUGGUCGCUCGGUGAAGGACAUUUUGGGAAAGAAUAUACUUCAGUUUGGUUUCGUUCUGAGUGAAUUGAUGAAGAAUUGCCGCGACUCUAAAGAACUUGAAGGGGUAUUACUAUUAUGUUGUUGUUUGUUGUUGUUUUGCAGUUAAUUUUUAUUUCAGUUAAUUUUUAUUUUUCCUUCGUUUUAAAUUCAUUAGCAUACAUUACAAUACCCAAAAACAAUAGAAACAUAAAAAUUAACUGAAACAAAAAAUUAACUACAACAUAUAUACAUAGAUCGAUUAUUGAAAUUUUAAAAUACACCUCUACCUCACGUGACCCUUGCUUAUGAUAUGGUAUGCACGUGCAUUGAGGUUUACAGAGCCUUGUCUGCGAGGCUAGACAUCAGUGUAGGAUCAAAACAGCUAAGAACCUUGAUAUAAGUCCAUUGGACUACAGAUUCCUGAAUAACCUUAUGCCGUUAAUAUAUAGUUUUGCAGAAAAACAGCAGUUGUAAGAGUGGUAACUAGUCGCUGUAGCAGCUUUAGCAGUAGUGGUGGCGUUCUCUCGUAGCAAUAAGUUGUAGCUUGUUGUAGCAGUACAACAGGAUCGGAUUAAUUCAUAAAAGUUUCUUAUAAAUGAUGACUAAUCAUAAUAACAUUAAUAACAUUUAUUUAUACUGCGCAAAUUCAACUAUACAGUUUUCAAAUGUUUGCAAGUACUAUACAGAUGUUUGCAAUUACUACACAAAUGAUUGCAAAUACUAUACAGUUUUUCAAAUGACUGUAAGAGUGCUGCUAUAAGUAGCAAAAAUAAUAUUUAUUUGUGACCUGCUUGUGCUUUUUUGUUUGAACCAUGGUUUGCAAUCUUUACUGUACAUCACGUUUACGUAUAAUUCAGUAGCCUUUAAAUUCUACAUCAUAUAACAGGCUAGCAAACUAAGAAUGCUAUUUAAGAAGAGCAAGCAAACUAACAUUUAAUUUAGUUGGCCAUAAUGUAAAUAUAGGUGUUUAUAGUAAGAUUUUUUUUCUUUCAUUUUUUAAAAUUCACUUAUACAUGUCUUUUUUUAGCUUCAAGAGGUGAUGCAUUUGUGCCUUGAACAAGAUCCUGAAGUGAGACCAGACGCAUGUCAAGCAAAAGACCUGGUAGAGGAACUGUGGUCUCGCAAUGAUAUCUGGGAUACUCCAUUGUAGAUAAAUUAAGAUCAAAGAAGAUAUAAGCCAUUAUCAUUUACUCUUUGCGAAAAAGGAAGCCAUGAAACAGUUUUAAUUGGGAAAGGAUAUGACUUUGUUGUCAGUGUGGGUCAAUACAACGGAUUCGUCUAUUCCCCACAAAUCAGUAAAACUAAUUAAAUAGCUUUUCAUAGGCUAGAAGAAGAUUUUCAACACGAUGACUUAUUUAUUAGUUUUUCCUAAAGGCAAGACCAAUUCACAUAUUAAUAUAAAUAAGUAUUACUUGAAAGAAGGACAGACAAUUCUUAGUACAGAAAGACUUUCUUGCGUCGAGUGCACAUUAAGCACCCCCCUUCCCAGGUACUCUCUCGCCCUGUAGGGACGGGUAGGAUAGAACCCUGGGAACGAGGUUGCACAAGCGGGACGGGCGAUACCACGACCCAAAGGUUUUUCAUCGAUGUUUUCAACUGACAUCUUGAAUUAGAAUCUCUUACCCUCAGUAGUGACCAGGGGCUACUCUGAGAACCAGAUUUGACGACUUAAAAGUGGCAUGAGAUCGAGACAGUUUUUAACUAUAACAUACUUUAGUCGUUAAGAUAUUUAGCUAUGUUUUCACUAAAAUACAAAAUGUAGGCAAAUAUGGCAGCCAUUUUGGUUGACGUCAUAGGUCGCCAGGACUAUUAUAAGACGUUAUAAAAAUGUGUUAUUGUACGUCGUAAGUUUCUUGGUGAACAUUAUCUAGCUUCAUUGUAACUUAUAUUCCUCUUAGUGAAGUAAGUAGAAAAAAAUGCUACCACGCUGUAACGAUAAUAAAGUUUGCAACAUUAACUAAUGAAUCCAAUUGUCAUUGAUGUAAAUGAUAAAAAUUGACUAGUCUUGCAGAAAUGUACCCCAGAUGCCAUUUGGCCAUUUCUUUGAUUGGCAUAAACUAAUCUGCAUUUUUACAUCUUGAUUUUGGUAUAACAGUUUUUCCCUCUGCCAAGGGUGAAACACUUGUUCUUUACUAAAUUGAAAGACUGAAACGGAGUGUAAUAUAAAAACUUGAGGGAGUUUCUAUUCUUAAUUGAAAGACCACUUUGAAACUAAAAGGUGCUCAGUCACUGAGUGAAACAUCGCGUGACGUUGAUCACUAUGCGUGGUUUUGUUUUCAUACAUGCGUCAAAUUCACAUGCAUGACAGUAAUUUGAACAUUUCAAUUACGAGAUAGAGCACCUGAAGGAAUGUCCCCUGCGCUGCUAGUUGCCUUUUCGGCCUUACUUUCCAUAAGCAUCGCUGACCUCUCAUCUGAAUAUGGCCAUCAUGCGGUGUUGGAUCCUGCAGAACUAAUGAAACUGUAUUGGACCGUUGACUGGGACAAGGAAACCGUAUCGUUCGCUGUUGAGGCGGCGACUACUGGAUGGGUAGGGUUCGGUUUCUCUUCAGGUAACGGCAUGAUAUCGGUUGGGUGAAGGAUUCCAAAGGAUAUCUCACGGUAGGUUAAAAAUAUGGAGAUGUUGACUUUAAAGCACUUGAAGCACAUUAACGCUCAGGACAGUAAACUUUCACAUUCCUACUUCGUUAUGAAGAGCUUUUAAGGCCAUGCGUCCCCUAAUUACCAAAAAGCCAGUGUCCCUUUUGAUUAAAAUUCUCGUACUCGCAGUUGCUGUUAUAAAAAUUUCCCAUAAAGUACCUAAUUUGAACUUUGCCUUGUGCAGGUUCCCCUACAGUCACUUAACACUUGAAAGCCGAAGGGGUCCGUUUGUGUGAGGUAUAUAAGUAUGGAUAAAAAGUAGGCUACACAAUUUCAAAGUGUUAGGUUAGCCUAGAAGUACGCAAUAGCAGCUUUGGAAGCAAAAUUUCUUGUCAUGAGAACACUUACAUAGCUUGGGUGAAAAAAGUUGUCACACUACGUGAUAUAUUACCGUGGGUGUGUGGGUAGGGGCAAUACUCUCCUAAAUAAGGUACCUAAAUAAAGACGGACCGGCGAAUGGGCGUCAGAGACGUCCCUCACCCGUUCAAGAGCUUCCUGAGAAUCCUGCCUAUGAUUGGACCUACAAAUUUUUAAAGGUUUAUAUGAUUCAACAACUGAAGCCUAGCUUGAACAGACGAUAUUAACUCCUAUGUUACAAAACUUUUCCCAUCGGGAAAUUCCUAAGGAUAUGAAAUAUGCAAUUUACGGACGGUAUUUUCUUACCCUGAUGAUGACCUUGCAAAUAGUUCACUUAUUGCUGGUUUUCAGUGUCACGCCAUUCAAAUUAGAUCAAAAUAAAAAUCAAAACCAUUCAACAGAUAAAGUCUAGAAUCUGGGAAAUGAAAGGAGAUAAAUAUACCAAGACCCUCGCCAAGAUUUGGGUGGAAGGAAUAAUUCAUAUACGAGAUAUCCGAGGAACUGUUUUACCCAAAUUUAUAGAGCUUUGUAUGGAGACGCCAUGCUGGAGCUCAUAUGAGCUCCAACAUGGCGGACGGAAACCAACAGAAACAUCCGUUACCGAGUUUUGCUACAAAAGCGUGAGUUUACUCCUAGAAUAACUCAUAAACAUUAAAGUAAUACUUUUUCUAAUACUUGAACUGUUUAGAUAGCAAAAUUCCUCGAAAAAAGUCACUUUUUCAACCUAGAUGGCAGCUCUCUCGUCCGUCAUGUAGAUGUUGCGUCACGCAAAAGCUUAGAAAUUCAAGCGUACUCUAUUACAAAACCAAGAAACCUUUUGAAGCGAAAAUUUGUUGAAAAUUAGUUUUCAGCUGUUCUAAUACACCAUGAAAGUAAAAUCUCAGUAGAAUCGAUAGUUUUGUAGUUUGAAUUUUAGUGACGUCAUCUGAAAGCCGCAACAAUAAUACCCAAUGAUUCUAACAAUAAGGCAUGAGUGGAUGUCAGAACAGCUUUAUAACGCCUUUUUUUUCGUCAUUGAGAGAACUUUUGUCUAAAUUGCAGCUGUAAACUAUUGUGCAAACACAAUUUUCACCAAAUUUAUUUCAAUCAUUGAUUUAGAAAAGUAACUUAUCUUUGGCAUUGUGUUUAGGAUCGAUAUGCUGACGCAAAAUCGUUACCACCAAAGGACAACGAACAAAACUACAUCUUAACUGGCUUCGAGGAGAUUGACGAAACAUUGUAAGAGUGGUAACUAGUCGCUGUAGCAGCUUUAGCAGUAGUGGUGGCGUUCUCUCGUAGCAAUAAGUUGUAGCUUGUUGUAGCAGUACAACAGGAUCGGAUUAAUUCAUAAAAGUUUCUUAUAAAUGAUGACUAAUCAUAAUAACAUUAAUAACAUUUAUUUAUACUGCGCAAAUUCAACUAUACAGUUUUCAAAUGUUUGCAAGUACUAUACAGAUGUUUGCAAUUACUACACAAAUGAUUGCAAAUACUAUACAGUUUUUCAAAUGACUGUAAGAGUGCUGCUAUAAGUAGCAAAAAUAAUAUUUAUUUGUGACCUGCUUGUGCUUUUUUGUUUGAACCAUGGUUUGCAAUCUUUACUGUACAUCACGUUUACGUAUAAUUCAGUAGCCUUUAAAUUCUACAUCAUAUAACAGGCUAGCAAACUAAGAAUGCUAUUUAAGAAGAGCAAGCAAACUAACAUUUAAUUUAGUUGGCCAUAAUGUAAAUAUAGGUGUUUAUAGUAAGAUUUUUUUUCUUUCAUUUUUUAAAAUUCACUUAUACAUGUCUUUUUUUAGCUUCAAGAGGUGAUGCAUUUGUGCCUUGAACAAGAUCCUGAAGUGAGACCAGACGCAUGUCAAGCAAAAGACCUGGUAGAGGAACUGUGGUCUCGCAAUGAUAUCUGGGAUACUCCAUUGUAGAUAAAUUAAGAUCAAAGAAGAUAUAAGCCAUUAUCAUUUACUCUUUGCGAAAAAGGAAGCCAUGAAACAGUUUUAAUUGGGAAAGGAUAUGACUUUGUUGUCAGUGUGGGUCAAUACAACGGAUUCGUCUAUUCCCCACAAAUCAGUAAAACUAAUUAAAUAGCUUUUCAUAGGCUAGAAGAAGAUUUUCAACACGAUGACUUAUUUAUUAGUUUUUCCUAAAGGCAAGACCAAUUCACAUAUUAAUAUAAAUAAGUAUUACUUGAAAGAAGGACAGACAAUUCUUAGUACAGAAAGACUUUCUUGCGUCGAGUGCACAUUAAGCACCCCCCUUCCCAGGUACUCUCUCGCCCUGUAGGGACGGGUAGGAUAGAACCCUGGGAACGAGGUUGCACAAGCGGGACGGGCGAUACCACGACCCAAAGGUUUUUCAUCGAUGUUUUCAACUGACAUCUUGAAUUAGAAUCUCUUACCCUCAGUAGUGACCAGGGGCUACUCUGAGAACCAGAUUUGACGACUUAAAAGUGGCAUGAGAUCGAGACAGUUUUUAACUAUAACAUACUUUAGUCGUUAAGAUAUUUAGCUAUGUUUUCACUAAAAUACAAAAUGUAGGCAAAUAUGGCAGCCAUUUUGGUUGACGUCAUAGGUCGCCAGGACUAUUAUAAGACGUUAUAGAAAUGUGUUAUUGUACGUCGUAAGUUUCUUGGUGAACAUUAUCUAGCUUCAUUGUAACUUAUAUUCCUCUUAGUGAAGUAAGUAGAAAAAAAUGCUACCACGCUGUAACGAUAAUAAAGUUUGCAACAUUAACUAAUGAAUCCAAUUGUCAUUGAUGUAAAUGAUAAAAAUUGACUAGUCUUGCAGAAAUGUACCCCAGAUGCCAUUUGGCCAUUUCUUUGAUUGGCAUAAACUAAUCUGCAUUUUUACAUCUUGAUUUUGGUAUAACAGUUUUUCCCUCUGCCAAGGGUGAAACACUUGUUCUUUACUAAAUUGAAAGACUGAAACGGAGUGUAAUAUAAAAACUUGAGGGAGUUUCUAUUCUUAAUUGAAAGACCACUUUGAAACUAAAAGGUGCUCAGUCACUGAGUGAAACAUCGCGUGACGUUGAUCACUAUGCGUGGUUUUGUUUUCAUACAUGCGUCAAAUUCACAUGCAUGACAGUAAUUUGAACAUUUCAAUUACGAGAUAGAGCACCUGAAAGAAUGUCCCCUGCGCUGCUAGUUGCCUUUUCGGCCUUACUUUCCAUAAGCAUCGCUAACCUCUCAUCUGAAUAUGCCCAUCACGCGGUGUUGGAUCCUGCAGAACUAUUGAAACUCUAUUGGACAGUUGACUGGGACAAGGAGACCAUAUCGUUCGCUGUUGAGGCGGCGACUACUGGAUGGGUCGGGUUCGGUUUCUCUUCAGGUAACGGCAUGAUGGUCGGCAGUGAUGUUGUUAUCGGUUGGGUGAAGGAUUCCAAAGGAUAUCUCACGGUAGGUUAAAAAUAUGGAGAUGUUCACUUUAAAGCACUUGAGGCACAUUAAAGCUCAGGGACAGUAAACUUUCAUAUUCCUACUUCGUUAUGAAGAGCUUUUAAGGCCAUGCGUCCCCUAAUUACCUAAAAGCCAGUGUCCAUUUUGAUUAAAAUUCUCGUACUCGCAGUUGCUGUUGUAAAAAUCUCCCAUAAAGUACUAAUUUGAACUUUGCCUUGUGCAGGUUCCCCUGCAGUCACUUAGCACUUGAAAGCCGAAGGGUCCGUUUGUGUGAGAUAUAUAAAUAUGGAUAAAUAGUAGGCUACACACUUUCAAAGUGUUAGGUUAGCCUAGAAGUACGCAAUAGCAGCUUUAUUUGGAAGCAAAAUUUCUUGUCAUGAGAACACUUACAUAGCUUGGAUGAAAAAAGUUGUCACACUACGUGAUAUAUUACCGUGGGUGUGUGGGUAGGGGCAAUACUCUCCUAAAUAAGGUACCUAAAUAAAGACGAACCGGCGAAUGGGCGUCAGAGACGUCCCUCACCCCUUCAGACCUUUAGAAUCCUGCCUAUGAUUGGACCUACACAUUUUUAAAGGUUUAUAUGAUUCAACAAUUGAGGCCUAGCUUGAACAGACGAUAUUAACUCCUAUGUUACGAAACUUUACCCAUCGGGAAUUACCUAAGGAUAUGAAAUAUGCAAUUUACGGACGGCAUUUUCUUACCCUGAUGAUGACCUUGUAAAUAGUUCACUUAUUGCUGGUUUUCAGUGUCACGCCAUUCAAAAUAGAUCAAAAUAAAAAUCAAAACCAUUCAACAGAUAAAGUCCAGAAUCUGGGAAAUGAAAGGAGAUUAAUAUACCAAGACCCUCGCCAAGAUUUGGGUGGAAGGAAUAAUUCGUAUACGAGAUAUCCGAGGAACUGUUUUACCCAAAUUUAUAGAGCUUUGUAUGGAGACGCCAUGCUGGAGCUCAUCCGGAUGAGCUCCAACAUGGCGGACGGAAACCAACAGAAACAUCUGUUACCGAGUUUUGCUACAAAAGCGUGAGUUUACUCCUAGAGUAACUCAUAAAUAUUAAAGUAAUACUUUUUCUAAUACUUGAACUGUUUAGAUAGCAAAAUUUCUCGAAAAAAGUCACUUUUUUGACCUCAAUGACAGUUCUCUCGGCCGUCAUGUAAAUGUUGCGUCAAGCAAAAGCUUAGAAAUUCAAGCGUACUCUAUUACAAAGCCAAGAAACCUUUUGAAGCGAAAAUUUGUUUGAAAAUUAGUUUUCAGCUGCUCUAAUACACCAUGAAAGUAAAAUCUCAGUAGGAUCGAUAGUUUUGAAGUUUGAAUUUUAGUGACGUCAUCUGAAAACCGCAACAAUAUUACCCAAUGAUUCUAACAAUUAGGCAUGAGUGGAUGUCAGAAUAGCUUUAUAACGCCUUUUUUUCGUCAUUAAGAGAACUUUGGUCUAAACUGCAGCUGUAACCUAUUGUGCAAACACAAUUUUCACCAAAUUUAGGUCAAUCAUUGAUUUAGAAAAGUAACUCAUCUUUAGCAUUGUGUUUAGGAUCGAUAUGCUGACGCAAAAUCGUUACCACCAAAGGACAACGAACAAAACUACAUCUUAACUGGCUUCGAGGAGAUUGACGAAACAACUGUGUUGAAAUUUAACAGAAAGUUUGAUACAUGCGAUUCCAGGGACAGGAAGAUAAAGGUAAAGCAGUGAAAAAAGACAAUCAAGUUCACCUCUCCUUCUAUAAAUUUCUGAGCUCUGAUGGCUUUAUACCUUUCGCAGGUUUGAUGUGCCAUGCAUUAAAAAAAAAGUCUAUUGCAAUGCUAAACUUGACCUCCCAUUUACUUCCUCUUUUUCGUGGAUGAUACUCGGAGAUGUUUGACAACGGCUCUAGUCUUGACAACGUUUUACGCCAUGAUAAGAAAUGUCGUCCUUUCUUUGAUUUGCUCUCUUUAGACACUGUCUUAGAUUCUGUUUAUGGCCAUUAACCAAUCAUAUUAAAGCUCAACCUAAAUGUUAUUCUGCACCAAAUUGCAUUUGUUGUAUCAUACCCUUCAUAAGAACCUGUUUAUCUCAAUUCCUAGACAGAGUAAUUAACCAGGCUGUUUUGUAUCCCACAGGAAGGCACCACAAAGGUGGUGUUUGCUUACCAGACGGAGGAUCCCGAGACUGAAAACGAUUUUAAACAGCACACUUUCAGAGGGUCAAGAAGCAUAUUACUCCUCAACAACAUGGACAAGAAACAAAUCAACGAGACAGGAUGGAAGAGUUUUGUAAUUCAAAAUAAAAAUGUAAGAGCAUACACUACGUAGACCUCCAAGAAUGUACUUGUUACAGUUAUGUUGUUUGAUUUGCACACGAGAGAAAGAAAGGGCUGAUUUCGAUGCCUUUGAUAACGACCAUGGGUUAGUAAUUAUUAUAAAAGUUAUAAAUAAAUGAUAACUUCAAUAGACCAGGUAGCGAAACUCAUUGGCAAAGCUGAAAAAAGCUCAUUGAAAUCACUUGUCAAUCAGGAUUAUCUUCACAUUCACCGCUGCCAUCAUCCCGCGCCAAAGUCACCCACUCUGACCCUCACUAUAAUCAUCAAAAGUACCGCCAUCAUCACCUCCACCACCACCACCAUAAUCAUCAUCACCAUCAUCAUUGUCGUCGUCGUCAUCAUCAUCAUCAUCAUCAUCGUCAUCAUCUUCGUCGUCCUCAUCGUCAUCAUGCUUAUCCUCGUCUUUUUUAUGUGUAACACAUAUUUACUGCCAAGAAUGUAAAUGUAAACAUUUCAGAGUUAUCGCAAGUUUACUCAACCCAAAUUCAUGUACUAUUAUCUUACAGGUUACCAUUCCCAAAAAGCACACAACCUACUGGUGCUCACUGAUUAAGGCACCUAAGAUCACCUCGCAGCACCACAUAACCAAGGUAGAUGUUUUCAGUAAUCGAUUGGAGUUUGCGUUCCAGCUCUUUUAUACACAGGAGGAUAUUGUUUGUAGUAAAAACACUUACCCUCAAUUUUCGUGAAACAAAGAACGAUCAAUGUGAAAGACCACGUUUUAUGACUUGGAACACAUCGUUUAAUCGUGUCUCGUUCUGAUAAUAAACCGUAAAACAUUGCUCUAUAUAUUAUGCUAUUAAUCACUUGGCGUGAUCUUUGUACAAGUACCAUUGUCAUAAAGUUCUGGCGUGCUUCUUUCAUUCAUCUUCAUCGAGUAAAUUGACUAUCUUUUGUUUUUAUCUUUGCAGAUCGAGCCAUACAUUCAAAAGGGAAAUGAAGGAUUCGUCCAUCAUUUUCUUGUGUACGAGUGUCAUGGUGACUAUAAUGAGAGUCAUUACGGUUUUGGUGUUGAUCGUAAAGACAUCGCCAACAUGCCAUUCCUCAAAUGUUUCUAUGGCAAAGUGUUAGCAGUUUGGGGAGUAGGUGGUGAGGUAAACGAUUGUAAAUUGGCAUUAAUAGAAUACUGUGGGACGCCUGUCUUUCAGUUUUUCUGCCGAAAACCAUGAUAAUAGUCCUAGUGGGAAGCGAUAAGAGGCUUUAGCCCCCCGGGGGGGACUCCCCAUAUGAAAGGGGUGGCGAUGUUCGUCGUCUCGCUUAGGGGUAUAAAUUUCGGAUUUUGGUCUCACUUAGGGUGUUCUGGGCAAAACGCCAUCAUAUUUAUCCGUGAAGGUCUCGUUUGGGGUUGCACGCGAAAAAAUAUAAAAAUAUACAUAUUUUCUGUGUUUUAACAUGGUCUCUUUUAGGGGUCAAAAAAAGCUUGGGCCCCGCCCAGAUCGGUCUCCUUUAGGGGUUUAAUUCAAAAUUUUCGACGAGCAUCCCCACCCCGUUCAUAUGCGGAUUCCCUUCCCCCGGGGGCUUUAGUUGCCUAUUGCGAAAGCAAAUGAAAGAGCCUAACACAGUGGAGCUUAAGAAUCAAUAAAUGACCAUCAGUCUCUUUUAUUUGUGUUUCUUUGUUCCCUACACAGGCAUUUUAUUAUCCGAAAAAUGCUGGUUUUCCAAUAGGAACAGUAGAUACUCCGAAAAGUUACUUGCUGGAGAUUCACUAUGACAACCCAGAAGGGAUCAUGGGUAAGUACUUAUAUAUUGUGUAACACAGUUAACACAGUCACUACCAACGAAUAAUUAAGAGCCUUUUCUGUUUUAUGUUUGAAUGUAAUUACCCCUACUAAUUUUGUCAUUUGGUAAAACUAAAAUGGUUUCAAAAUCUAUCGUUAAUUAGUAAUCCCUGGAUACAUAUAACUUGUCUUUGACGUCUCUCAUUCAUGCAAGAAUCGAUGGUGGCAUAAAAAUAACAUGUUGUAUAGAUCACUAAAACUAUAGUAUUAAAUCUGAUCAGUUACCAAUCACCAUACGUGCAGACAAAAGCCCAAGCAAAUUGUUAGACCGUCUGAGGGAAAGUGACCUGAGAGGCUUUCAAAUUAGGGUUUCCUUGUAGAUUCACUUCGUGUUACUCACGCGAGAUGUUCACUGAUCGCGUCCCCUCUCUCGAUCGCUUGCCCCGCUCUUGUCCCCAACAAGAGAGGCUGCAAGUAGGCUAGACGGAACAACAGACGUGUGUGACGCCCAAGAAACUUUUACUCCAGUGCGUUUCACCUAUGCAAGCAUUAGAACGUGACGCAAUAUUUGUUUAGCUAACCGCAAAGUGUGUCAAUAAAAACCUAAGGGAUUAAAAAUAUUACCUUACCAAGAAACCGCUGUGCUAAACGUUUUUAAACGAACUGUAGAGAACUAAGGAGCAGACGACGCUUUAAAGUCCUCAAGAAUGCCAUGGAAUUUAAGUCACUAACUUUAGCUUUAAAAAGAGCUCAUAGUGCAAGUAUUUCAGGUCCUAGUAAAUAUUGCCUUCUUCCAUUCAUUUAAGGACGCAAGGACAGCUCAGGGGCUCGAUUUUACUACUCCUCUAAUCUCCGAGAGUUCGACGCUGGUAUAUUUGCUGUUGGCCUCAAGAUCAGUCCAUAUAUGGUCAUCCCUCCAAAACAAGAAUCUUGGUUGACUGUUGGUUACUGCGCUAAAGAAUGCAGUGAAGUAAGGAAAAAAAAUUGUUUAAAAUCUUCCUGUACAUAACACUUUGUUUAACAUCUAAGAGAAAAAAUAAAACUAGUAAUGUUGAAACACAUAGGUCACUCAGCUUUGGAGGAAAUAGUCGACAGAAAGACGUUAAUUAAUGACAGUCCACUACAUUUUACAUUUUAGUCUGUCUAUUUAAAGUGCUUAGAAGGGUCUUGUAGCAGUAGAUGUAAGUCUGCUACAAGUUUUAAUGCAAGUUUUUGUUAUUUUGUUUCAGAAAGCUUUUAGCUCGACAAAACUUCCAGGCAGAGGAAUCAGGGCGUUUGCUGCAUUUCUCCACACUCACCUACAAGGUACAGUGAUCCGAGAAUUAAGGCUUGAUUCUCGAAAAAAAAAAAAAACUAUACUCACAAAACCGUUCUGUAAUCAAUUUUGCCACCUUUACCUUAUACUCUAGAUAUAUUGUGUGGUGUUAAUGCACUGAGUAAUCCAGAGCAAAUUUCAGAGGCGUUUCUCCUUUACCCUUUAUUGAUUACCCAUGUUGACUAGAAAUUUACCUCAACUUUUAUAUUUAUUUAUGACAAAACUUGUUGGAUUUUCCAGGCCGCGCAACAUGGACCAAACACUAUCGAAACGGUGUUGAACUACCAGAAAUUGCGCGAGAUGAUAACUACGAUUUUAACUUCCAGGUACUCAUUAUUCUAGGCAAUUUUAAACAACGCAUUUUAUCACCUUUGUCUCAGAGCGCUCUCCUUGGCUUGUGCUUGUCAUUUCAUUUACAUCUCAGAUAAUCGGUAGAAUUUCAUGAAAAUACUAAGAGUGUUGGAAACGAUUAAAUUAAUGUUACUAAUUAAAUGGAGACACUGUUCAGUAUAAGUUUUUAAAGCACUGCUUAAAAACUGUUAAUUUUUUUCAAGGAUAUUCAAGUGCUGAAGAAAGAAGUUCAUAUUAAGCCGGUAAGCCGAGUUAUUUAUUGAUAACAAGCGGAAUUCCCAUCUCACUUAUUAAAGCUUUGCUCCAUGCAUGGGUAAAGAUAAAAAUUUUCCUGCAAUUAAGCAAGAGAGGGAUCUGCAUGAAGUUAAAACGGAUCACUGAAACCACAAAAAAAUUAGAGGGUCUAACAGGUGAGUUAUAGGGUUAGUGUCCCUUUUAAAGAAGGCAUUAUAGUAACGCGAAAAGGUCUUCGAUUCGCAAUGGAUGUUUUAAAAACACUACACAACCAACUUACUAGACUUCAGCUAAAGUUCUCUUCAACCAUUGGGUAGAAUAUGCGUUAAUGAUGCAUAAUAAAUAUUACUAUUUGACUUAUUCGUUUUUGAUUAGCUUAUGAACUCAUGUGAACUCAUUAUACUUUUACACUUAGGGAGAUGACUUGGUUCACUUCUGUGAAUACCAAACUAUGGAUCGUGACAAGCUAGUCGUGGUUGGUAUAUAUAUCCAGUUCUAGCUACCCCUUCAGAGUCUUUCUUCAAUGUUUAAGGCAAUUUAUUACAUAUCUCGUUCAUUUUGGUGGCGAGUGGCCAUCCAGUGACUAGAUUUAGCUAAUGCCCUAUUCACACCUGAUGAACAUGUUUAUUUUUUAAAUUAAAUCAAAGCAGUCACGGAAAGAGAGAAAUUGGUUUGAAAUGAAAUUCAUCUUCAUUUGUUAAUUGCUUUGAGGAAACUACAAUUUUGAACCUUGUUCAGCUAAUUUUCCUGUCAGAACUUCUUCCAGCUUUGCAUUUUUCACAGGUCAGAAAAAAACGACGAUAAACCUAUGCCCUGACUCUGUGUAAAGCUUCCUAACUUCUAGCUGCAUGCAGUAUCGUUUGCACAUUACUAUGUACUAUGAAUGUACUUUCUAUAUUGUUAAAAUGGCUGUUGUGUUGCAAUCAUUUGUAGGGUGGUAGCGCUACCUCCCAAGAAAUGUGCCUUAAUUUUAUAUUUUACUACCCGCUGGUGAAAGAACUUAAAACUUCUUGCACAAGUACCCAGUUCAAGCCAGUUCAUGACUUUAUCAACAAGUACUAGUGAGUAUAUUUUCUUUUAUUGCUAAACCUAAUCCGGCUGCACACUUCACAUUACUGUUUUCCCCAUUGUGCUCGGCUUCUUCUAGAUAGGAUCGAAUGAAUAGCAAGUCCAACACUUAAGCAACUAACGUGCGAGAAUCUUAUUUUGAAUCCAAGACGAAGGCUCUAUUGAGAGCAUUAAUUUGUUUGUUUGUUUGUUUUUUCUUUUCGUUCUUCAACUGUACUUUUAUUUGAUCCCCUCAGAGUAAAUAAUAAUGAUUAAACAACCGUAACUACUAUAUUUUGAGGCUGUUGGUGAACUAUCAAGUUUUACAGAGCUGUACAUUUCGUCAGUACGGCAACUUGGAUGUGUUACGUUAGCGUGGCCAAAAAAUGUUAAAAUCUUUACUAUGGGUGCGCUCUUUUUGAGAUAUUUCAUAGAGGGACCUCUCUGUUUCAAUUUUUUUUUCUUCCAGUCCUUCACUGAAUAUCACGUCCCCAUUUCAUAACCCCCUUGCUGAAGAUGAGGAUAUUAGUUGGACCAAAGAAAUGAUAUCAAGCUUGAAGAAAGGAUACAGUGAAGACAGAACCUUUACCCCAACCUGCUACAUGGUAUGUGAACUAUACUAUUUAAUAUCAUUUUUGAUUUAAACUUAUAAAUAUUUUAAGAAAUUAAGUACCAGUUUUGAUAUAUUUUAAAUACAAAUUUAGUCCCGGCAUAAGAAUUUGUCCUGGACUUAUUAAUUCGAAAGGUUUUUAUAAAAAUGAAGUAUCAAUGGAAGAAUGAAUUAAAAAAACUAACGGAUUAACCAAGUAUUCAGAAACAUUUCUCGCAGUUCGGCUAUAACUCGAUCGUCUUUCAAACAUUAUCGGUAUAAAGUGGUAUUCCGUAGGCCCCUUCUCACACCACCUGCGCUUUUAAUGAAUUCUGAGGGGCGUUUAAGAACCUCACAGUGUGCGUAAAGAGUAGGGCCUUAAAAUUCAAAUUCACAUCCACAUUGGGGGCAUCAUCUCUCGUUCCCUCAUUACUUGUAAACUGCAUCAUAAGCAGUCUGGCAAAAGUCCCCCAACCGGUGUUGUAAAUUAUCCCUAAAAAGCCCAGAUUAGAGCACCAUAGUCCACAAAUUUUGACCCCUAAAAGUUACGACGAGAAGUUUAGCCUGCAAACGCAGACAUGUUUUUGCAUGGUUCGGGUGGAGAGAAGCGACGACCUGAAAUACAUAAUCGUUUGAAGGCUACCAGCAGCCCCGUCAUUCCUAUAAUUUUGAAUCUCCUCCUUUGAUUAUAUGCGUAAAAAAAUUCACAGAUAUAAUUUCCAUAUCAUAUGUAAAUUUCUGCUGCUUAUUUUUCAGCGAGGUAACAAACCUCCGUUCAAAACAUUGCCAGUACCAAAGAUCACUACCCCUCUGCCUGAACAAGAAUCAAGAUGUUCUCACCCCUUUCCAAAGAGUGCUGGCAAAAACACAUCUUCUACACUGGUCGUCUCGUGCAGUGUUGCCCUCUUUAUAUCCGUAAUUUUCAUGUUAUAGACAUGUAUUACUGAAUUCUGCUUU